CCUCCGGAAGAUUGAUAAGCCUUUUGGCCUCUACCCCAACUUCAUCAGCCCAGUGAGUGGGAACUGGGUGCAACGAAUCAGCACUGAAGGCCCUGGGCACAGAAGGCCUCUUUCUCUUCUCUUCCUUGGACACCGACCGAGAUAUGUACAUCAGCCCUGAGGAGUUCAAACCCAUUGCUGAGAAGCUGACAGGGUCAACUCCUGCGACCAGUUAUGAGGACGAGGAGCUACCCCCAGACCCCAGCGAGGAGACGCUCACCAUAGAGGCCCGAUUCCAGCCUCUGCUCCCGGAGAGCAUGACCAAGAGCAAAGAUGGGUUCCUGGGGGUUUCCCAUCUGGCCCUGUCCGGCCUCCGUAACUGGACCACCGCAGCCUCACCAAGAGCAGUGUUCGCCGCCCGUCACUUCUGGCCGUUCCUCCCUCCUCCGGGCCAGGUGAAGCUGGGCGAGCCCUGGUGGAUUAUCCCCAGUGAGCUGAGCAUCUUCACUGGCUACUUGUCCAACAACCGCUUCUACCCACCGCCGCCCAAGGGCAAGGAGGUCAUCAUCCACCGGCUCCUGAGCAUGUUCCACCCUCGGCCUUUCGUGAAGACCCGCUUUGCCCCCCAGGGUGCUGUCGCCUGCCUGACCGCCAUCAGUGACUUCUACUACACUGUGAUGUUCCGGAUCCACGCCGAGUUCCAGCUCAGCGAGCCGCCCAACUUCCCCUUCUGGUUCUCCCCUGGCCAGUUCACCGGCCACAUCAUCCUGUCCAAAGACGCCACCCAUGUCCGCGACUUCCGGCUCUUCGUGCCCAACCACAGGUCUCUGAACGUGGAUAUGGAGUGGUUGUACGGGGCCAGUGAGAGCAGCAAUAUGGAAGUGGACAUCGGCUACAUACCCCAGAUGGAGCUGGAAGCCACGGGCCCCUCAGUGCCCUCUGUGAUCCUGGAUGAGGAUGGCAAUGUGAUCAACAGCCGCCUGCCCUCGGGGGAGCCCCUCCAGUUUGUGUUUGAAGAGAUCAAAUGGCACCAGGAGCUGAGCUUGGAGGAGGCCACCCGGCGCCUGGAGGUGACCAUGUACCCCUUCAAGAAGGUCAACUACCUGCCGUUCACUGAGGCCUUCGACCGAGCCAAGGCAGAAAACAAGCUGGUGCACUCAAUCCUGCUGUGGGGGGCCCUGGAUGACCAGUCCUGCUGAGGUUCAGGGCGGACUCUCCGGGAGACUGUCCUGGAGAGUUCGCCCAUCCUCACCCUCCUCAAUGAGAGCUUUAUCAGCACCUGGUCCCUGGUGAAGGAGCUAGAGGACCUGCAGAACAGCCAGGAGAACCCAUCCCACAAGAAGCUGGCUGGCCUGCACCUGGAGAAGUACAGCUUUCCCGUGGAGAUGAUGAUCUGCUUGCCCAAUGGCACCGUGGUUCACCACAUCAACGCCAACUACUUCCUGGAUAUCACCUCCAUGACGCCCGAGGACGUCGAGAGCAAUGUCUUCAGCUUCUCGUCCACCUUUGAAGACCCAUCCACGGCCACCUACAUGCAGUUCCUGAAGGAAGGGCUCCGGCGAGGCCUGCCCCUCCUCCAGCCCUAG